CAAUCAAAUGGAUCCGGAAGCAGGUGAUGAUAGUAUAUCCUUCUUCCCCUGAACCUAACACCCCAAGGCCCACAAAGCAAAAGUAUUUUCCCGCGCCGUUUUAAAAUUCCUCGCCAUGACGCCUUAACUUGCAACACCUCCAACUCAAAAUGGAAUGUUAGAACAACAGAAGGAGCGAUGUUACGACAUCCACUGUGGGGAGCCAUCUGCUUGCUCGCCGUCUCGCUGGUCCUGUGCACAGACAAGCUCUGCACGGACGCCAGGCCGUCCGCCUACGCGCUCCUGGUCGACGACGACGACGACGAGGAAGACGGCGGCGACGGCUCGUCGUCCUUCUCCUUCUCCUCCCCGCAGGCGACGCCGGACGAACUGGCAUUCGGGUUCUACGACGGGACAUGCCCCAACGCCGAGGCCGUCGUCGCGUCCACCGUGCGGGAGCUCUUCGCCGGCGACCCCAACGUCGCCGCCGCGCUCGUGCGCCUCUUCUUUCACGACUGCUUCGUCCACACGCUGUGCUCUGUUUUCUUUUCGUCCCCGGACGCGCGCAUGCAGGGCUGCGACGCCUCGGUGCUGCUGGACCGGAUCGGCGGCGGCGGCAAGUCGGAGAAGGACGCCGCCCCGAACCGCUCGCUGCGAGGCUUCGGCGCCGUCGACAAAAUUAAGGCGAGGCUGGAGAAGCAGUGCCCGGGGACCGUCUCCUGCGCCGACAUCUUGGCACUGGCCGCGCGGGACAGCCUCGUACUCGUGGGCGGGCCGACCUACCCAGUACUCACUGGCCGCCGAGAUAGCGCCGGGAGUUUCUACGACGACGUGAACAUCCCGGCCCCGAACGCCACCUACGCCAUGACGCUCAGCGCGUUCGCCCGCCGCGGCUUCACCGAGCGCGAGACCGUCGCGCUCUUAGGAGCACACAGCAUCGGGAAGGUGCAGUGCAGAUUCUUCAGGGACAGGAUCUACAACUUCGCCGGGACCGGCGAGCCGGACGACUCCCUGGACGCGGACAUGGUCGGCGAGAUGCGGGCCGUGUGCAGCGGAGACGGCGCGGCGCCGAUGGAGAUGGGGUACUACCGGCAGGGACGGGAAGUGGGGUUCGGCGCGCACUACUACGCGAAGCUCCUCGCGGGGCGGGGCAUCCUGCGCUCGGACCAGCAGCUCACGGCGGGGAGCACCGUGCGGUGGGUGCGCGCGUACGCGUCCGGGCAUCGCGGCGAGGAGGCUUUCCGCGAGGACUUCGCGCACGCCAUGGUUAAGCUGUCCGCGCUUGCGCCGCUCACAGGGUCGGCCGGGCAGGUCCGGAUCAGCUGCUCCAAGUCCGUUGAGUAGGAGCCAUGAGGGCUUUUUGUCAGCGCUAGGGAUUCUAACUCGGUCUCAGAUUGGAUCACAUACGAAUUGUAGCAAGGUUUACGGUGGUUCAUAGGAUUCUCGCCGGCGAGCUCGUCUCCUAGCUAGGUCUCUCACGGUCUCACUCUCACCUACUCCUUUGCCACACACUUCUGUCAGGGCAACACGCUUUCGUUUUUUUUAAAGA